CGGGGCCCGGGCGCGCGGGGCGCGGGGCCGGGGGAGGGCAGCGCGGUGGCGUGCUUUGCCGCAGCCAUGGGCGUGCAGCCCCCCAACUUCUCGUGGGUGCUCCCGGGCAGGCUGGCGGGGCUGGCGCUGCCGCGGCUCCCCGCGCACUACCAGUUCCUGCUGGACCAGGGCGUGCGGCACCUGGUGUCCCUGACGGAGCGCGGGCCCCCGCACAGCGACAGCGCACCGGCCUCACGCUGCACCGGCCUCACGCUGCACCGGCUGCGCAUCCCGGACUUCUGCCCGCCGGCCCCCGAGCAGAUCGACCGCUUCGUGCGGAUCGUGGACGAGGCCAACGCGCGCGGGGAGGCCGUGGGGGUGCACUGCGCCCUGGGCUUCGGCCGCACUGGCACCAUGCUGGCCUGCUACCUGGUGAAGGAGCGGGGCCUGGCUGCAGGAGAUGCCAUCGCUGAAAUCCGGCGCCUUCGACCCGGCUCCAUCGAGACUUAUGAUCAGGAGAAAGCCGUCUUCCAGUUCUACCAGCGGACUAAAUAAGGGGCCUUAGCUCCUGUCUGCGUCCCAGGCCCUGACCCACGUGUUCGGUGGGGCCAGAGACGCGGACACGCCCUGAAAGUUAAGCCCUCCGGCUCCUGCUGGCUCGGGAGACCUGAGUAGCCGUUCCCCGCAGGCCGGUCCUGACUGAAGACAUGGGUGCAGCCACACUGGGAGGUUGGGGGGUCCCUCCGCUGCCUCCCUGAAUAAAUAACUUACAAGAACGAGCCCACAGUGCAUAGCACCUUGCA